AUGGAUCAUUUUACAUUCAAGAAUACAGUGCAAUGGUUAGCACUGAACAAAUUUGACAUGGCUCUGAGUGAAGAAGGUUACAAUUUGUAUAAUGCUGUGUAUGCUGCAGCCCACACCUACCAUGAACUCAGUCUUCAACAAGUAGAGUCUCAAAAAAUGACAGAACCCAAAGGAGUAUUCACUGACUGUCAGCAGGUGGCUUCCAUGCUGAAGACUAGAGUAUUUACUAACCCUGUUGGUGAACUGGUGAACAUGAAUCAUAGGGAAAAUCAAUGUGCAAACAGAUACGAGCAGUGUGUGAGGUGUCCAGAUGAUAAGUAUGCCAACUUACAGCAAACCCACUGCCUCCAAAGGGCUGUGUCAUUCCUGACUUAUGAAGAUCCAUUGGGGAUGGCUCUAGGCAGCAUGGCCCUGUCCUUCUCUGUCUUCACAGUUCUAAUACUAGUCACUUUUAUAAAGCACAAUGACACUCCCAUUGUAAAGACCAAUAACCACACUCUCAGCUACAUCCUGCUCAUCUCUCUCAUCUUCUGUUUUCUCUGCUCAUUGCUCUUCAUUGGACACCCCAACCAGGCCACCUGCAUCCUGCAGCAGACAACAUUUGGAGUAUUUUUCACUGUGGCUGUGUCUACAGUGUUGGCCAAAACAAUAACUGUGGUCAUGGCUUUCAAGCUCACUACUCCAGGAAGAAGAAUGAGAGGGAUGCUGGCAUCAGGGGCACCUAACUUGGUCAUUCCCAUUUGUACCCUAAUCCAACUUGUUCUCUGUGGAACCUGGUUGGUCACAUCUCCUCCCUUUAUUGACAGAGAUAUACAAUCUGAACAUGGGAAGACCAUCAUUAUUUGCAACAAAGGCUCAGUCAUUGCCUUCCACUUUGUCCUUGGAUACUUGGGCUCCUUGGCGCUGGGGAGCUUUGCUGUGGCUUUCUUGGCUAGGAACCUUCCUGACAGAUUCAAUGAAGCCAAGUUCCUAACUUUCAGCAUGCUGGUGUUCUGCAGUGUGUGGAUCACCUUCCUCCCUGUCUAUCACAGCACUAAGGGGAAGGUCAUAGUGGUUGUGGAGGUUUUUUCCAUUUUGGCUUCUAGUGCAGGGUUGCUAGGGUGUAUCUUUGUCCCAAAGUGUUAUGUUAUUUUAGUUAGACCAGAUAAAAAUUUUAGACAGAUGUACAAAGAUAAAUUGCUUUAUUGA